CUCUCUCUCUCUCACACACACACCCCACUUUACUCUUUCAAAGCAACCAUCUGUUCCUCCAUUUCUAGCUUAGCCCAUCUGCAGAAAAUAUCGUAAGGGUCUUCAUUAUCUGUCUAAUUUUGUUGCAAUAUAAAUAUAAGCUUGUGGGCCGUUCUUCUUUUUCUUCAGAUAGAAUAGGAAAUUGUUUCUUGCUUGGACAACAACAUUUUGAUUAAUUCUAGUUGUUUCUGGGUUCUUUCUUGAAAAGACUGAAUCUUUGUGGGGCAAAGACCAAGAUUUGCAUUUUCCGUUUAUAGGGUGAUCCGAUCUUUAGCGAAAUUGUUGCUGGGAGGUAAAUUUUGAAGUUGUGUAUGUUGUUGGGUAUUUACUAUUUACCUCUGAGUUAUUCAUUUCGAGCUUUACCUAUUUGUUCGUCAUUUUUGGUUCUCCCCUUUGAUUUCCCAUCUGGGCUUGUUCAUUUACGGUUCCUUGAGAAACCUUAGUUAUCAUCCUCUCAAAUAUAUAAAAGGGACCCAUAGAGGAGAAGCUGUUUGAUUUGUCGGUGGAGAUAUGGGAACCGAGUAUUCGUAGCUCUAUUUAGAUACCCUUUAUGCAUCUUUCGUUGAGAUAAAGGAGUUUUUUUUUUUUGAUACUCAGGGUAAAGCUCUUAGCUCUCUGCUUUUCUUUUGCCUUUCUGUAGUCUAGCUUUAGAAAGCAAAUGACAAUGAGGAAAAAUUUAAACCUUUACUCCGGAAGAAUAUUCACAGACCGGAGGUGGAAAAUACCGUGUUUUGUGAGUUUGCUUGUCUCGAACACACUAAUUACCGCCAUUAUUUUCGGGUUGCACGUGUCCCCUUACGCCCGAGACCCACCCCAAUUCGAUAAUGCACCCUUUGUCCGUCAAAACAACUCGGGAGCCUAUUUUGUAGAAACCGACUUGAGAAAAUCGUUAAAAUCAGUCGAGGCCUCGGAAUUAGAGCCCCCGAGGCUUGCUUAUUUAAUUUCGGGCACAAAAGGGGACAGCAGAAGGAUGAUGAGGACUUUGCAGGCUGUAUAUCACCCGAGAAAUCGGUACAUUCUCCACAUGGACCUCGAGGCCCCACCAAGAGAGAGGCUGAAAUUAACCAUGUGGGUGAAGAAUGACCCGACUUUUAACAAGGUGGGGAAUGUGUGUGUGAUGGCUCAGUCAAAUUUGGUGACGUACAAGGGGCCCACGAUGAUCGCUUGUACACUCCAAGCUAUAGCGAUUUUGUUAAGAGAGAGCUCUAGCUGGGAUUGGUUUAUUAAUUUAAGUGCUUCUGAUUAUCCACUCGUGACUCAGGAUGAUCUGCUAUAUGUUUUGUCCAAUGUGUCACGAAAUAUCAAUUUUAUCGAGCAUGCACAGAUAGAUGGAUGGAAACUAAACCAGAGAGCAAACUCUAUUAUAAUCGAUCCAGGUCUCUACUUGUCAAGAAAAUCUGAUCUUGCUUGGACUACUCAACGCCGAUCUGUACCCACAGCUUUCAAGUUGUUUACUGGCUCUGCUUGGGUAGUUCUGACCCGUUCAUUCGUGGAGUACUGCAUAUGGGGCUGGGAUAGCCUUCCCCGCACGGCCUUAAUGUACUACACCAACUUUGUCUCAUCUCCCGAAGGCUACUUUCACACAGUCAUCUGCAACACUCCCGAUUUUCGGCCCACGGCUAUCAACCACGACCUUCACUACAUUGCCUGGGACAAUCCUCCAAAGCAGCACCCGAGAUCCCUCUCGGUCAAAGACUUUGACCACAUGGUCAACAGCAGCUCGGCUUUCGCCCGGAAGUUCCAUGCGGAUGACCCAGUCCUCGAGAGGAUCGACCGGGAGCUGCUCGGGAGGCCAGCUGGCGGGUUUUCCUCCGGGGCGUGGUGCGUGGGGAGCGAAGCUGACCCGUGUGGGUCGAUUGGGGAUGACUUUGUUUUGAGACCCGGCCCUGGGGCCCGGAGGCUGGCUGGGCUUGUUAAGGGGCUGCUGUCUGAGGAUUACCGGCGUAAGCAGUGCCCGGGAUUGUAGUGCUGAUGAUAGGUAGAGGUUUUUGGAAAGUGUUGAAGUGUACAUUAAAUUUGUUCAUAGAAUAUAUGUGCACAAGAAGCAGAAUUUUGGCCUUUUCUGGUUUAAGGGAAAUGGAUUUCAUGUUUUGGGUUAACUUUGCCAGUGCAGUGGAAAUUGAAUAGUGAAUUUGAUAAAAAUUUGAAAUCAGUGUUUUGAAUNUCACUGCUUUAUUGAUAAUAGGUCAAUUG